GUUGUACGUCAUUUGCUGGAGAAGGCAGCUGAUCCUGAUCUCAAAGCUCACUGCGGGGCCACGUCUCUUCAUUUUGCCGCGGAGUGCGGCCACCUGGAGGUGGUGAAGGAGCUGGUUCACUUUGGAGCUGCCAUGGUGGAGAAUGACCUCAAAAUGACCCCCCUGAUGGUGGCUGCAGAGUGCGGGAAGGAGGACAUUGUCAACUAUUUCCUCAAGCAGCCGGACUGUAGUAGGGAUCGGAGAAUCGAAGCCCUUGAGCUCCUUGGGGCAUCGUUUGCCAACGACAAAGAGACAUACAGCUUGCAGAAGACGUUUGACUACUUGAGAGAUGCGAUGGCUCUACGGCUGUAUGACACCAGACGGACGUUCUGUUCUCACAAAAACGAUGUGAUCAGGAAACCUCACUACCCCCCUGUCCCUGCCUACGGUAACCGGGUGGAGUGUCAGAGCAUGCAGGAGCUGGAGGCGAUACGUCACAACCGGGACGCCCUCCACAUGGAGGCUCUGACGAUACGCGAGCGCAUCCUGGGAGCGGACAACCCUGAAAUCCCACAUCCCGUCAUUUUCAGAGGAGCUGUAUUCGCUGACAGUGGGCGGUUUGAUCGCUGCAUAGCUCUGUGGAUGCGUGCAAUGGUGCUCCGGCAGAAAAAUGGACGCUCAAUUGCCAAAGAUCUACUCCGAUUUUCUCAAGUUUUUGCACAGAUGGUGACUUUGGUGGCCAAUUUAGACUAUUCCGAUGUAGAACGGGUGCUUCAUCAUGGGCUGAAAGAACUUCAACUUUUUCUUUCGGGCCGUAAUGCAGAGGCGGCGUGUGAUUCGAAGUCUACAGCGAUGGAGCUCUACCAGACAAAUAUUCUCUCCGUCAUUUACCUCAUCACCACGGGCCUGCGAGUUGUUACUUCGGAGGAGGAGAGCAACGCUCUCCACAAGACAGUCUACUCCUUUCUCCACAUGAAGCCUUGCCUGAAAAACGGGUACUCCCCACUCCACAUUGUUCUGGAUCCAGGAAUUUGCGUGGACGACUUUCAUGUGAACUCUGUGGUGAUCUUCCCCGACUCGGCCCUGGGGGAGAUGUUCGUCAGAUGUGGUGCCGACGUGAACGCCCUUGACUGCAACAGAAACUCCCCGCUGCACAUCAUCGUCAACGCUAAGCUGGAGGCUGACAAGGAGGCUGUGCGGCAGAAGAUCAUCAAACACCUCCUGACCUCCGGGGCACACCCGGAUAUCGCUAACAAUAAGAGACAGACACCUCUUACCCUGGCCACUUCCAGUGCCACUCAGAGCACCCUCAAUCUCCACGCCAGCGUCACUCUCAAAUGUCUGGCCUCCCGGUGCCUCAAAGAGCACAGUCUAAGCUACCACAACGUCGUCCCGAAAUGCCUGGAGAGUUUUGUUGACUGGCACUGACGGGCAGGCGGAUCAGCUGUAUUUAUAGUGACAUUUAUUGACCCCAAGCUCUUUCCAUUCUUAGGCUGAUAAUUUUUCCAUUUAUGUGCGGAACAGUUUUUUACUAGUGACUUUUGUGUCUUCAUGUACAAUUUUACUAUUCUACAUCGAUUCAUCGAUUAAUGUAAUGCUCAUUAUGUCUUUUAGUGUGUAACUUUUUGUGUGCUUUUAGGUAUAUCCAGAGUAUGUUUUCCUGUUCAGGGAAGGUGAAGCUGACGGGGGAUCUACUUCAUC